CAUCAUUUAGUUAUUUGACUAAUCAAACUUAGGAACGAACUACGACCCCUGAAAAUCUGGACAUCCAGCGGCUAUAGAUAUUGAUUUCAACUUUCAAAAUCUUUCACCUUAUUUUCUUGUUAUGUUAUAUAUAUUUAGCUUGAUUAUUAUAGUCUGUCAUCAUACAUUAUAUGUGAUAUGCGUUGAGCAAAUUCCUUUUCUGUCGGUAAAUAUGGUUUACGUUUUCUUCGGCUUAUCAAUUAUUUAAGGUAGCAAAUUUAAAAAAUAUCCAACUCGGUCUUGCUAUAGUAAUCUGUUUCCAGCAACUAAUUUAGAUAUGGAUUUUAUAAACAAAUAAAAAAUUUAGAUACGAACAUGGAUAAUGACAUUUGCAUAUUAGUGAGUUCUGAAAAACUUAAUUAACAUUAUUAUAUUGAUUGUGCCAUAAUCAUAUUUUACAUAUUAAGCCCUAUCCUAGUUUUUUAUUAAUACAUUUUCGAAGGUCUGAAAAAAUCAGUUCAAAACGUUUUUUAACCGUAACUAUCAUUAACAUUUCUGCCAAAAAACUACUCAGAGUAUAAAAUACACACAUUCCAGACAACUCGCCAAAAACGAGGUGUACCCCCAACACAUCGUCAUGACAUUCGAUCUACAAAUAUAUUUGGUCGCUAAUCCGGUGUCCGGUAUGGGCGGUGACGGAAAACGCGUUUAUUGGACCAAAUGUAAAACUUACAAAAUUUUAGUCUAACUUUUACCAUUUUUAUCCGGUGUCAUUUUUAGCGUUUUUAUUAGCCGGUGUAUUAUUUUCUACUCCUAAUUUUAUGACAUUUUAGUCUACUUCUUCCUUUUUUAAUAGGCCAUUCUAUAAAUCUAAAAAUGGAAUAUUUGAUGUCUUUUGCAAUUUGAACGUUAUACAGAAAGACACUUAAAGAUCUGUUUAGAUUCAAAAAGAUAUGUUCAGACUUGUAUAACAUAAGCAAAAUGUCAGUUUAUAUAAUAAUUCAUAUAGCUAAAACAACAAAGUGAAGAAAAUUUGAAUAUUCUUUAGGACCAAAUCUUGAAUAUUUAAGUUCAUAAAGACAAUAAAUGAUAGCUGAUAAAUUAUUAGAUUAGUCAAGUAAAAACGGAAGUUGUCUCUCACAUGGCGAGACAAUUUUUCAAAGAGAAAACAAUAUAUAUACCUCCCACAUACCUCAAGCAUCUACAUUCCACAUCUCACUCUUCACCAACUAACUAAACCCUAAUACAUCAUUUCUCUUUAACAACCGAUUUCUUAUAUAUCUUCAUUGUUCAUCUUUCGUUCAACCCAAAAAUUAUUUUUGUAAUUUAAAAAUGAAACAGCUGUCGACAAAAGUGACAAGCAAUGCUCAUGGACAAGACUCAUCUUACUUCUUGGGAUGGGAAGAAUACGAGAAGAACCCAUACGACGAAAUCAAGAACCCUAAUGGGAUUGUUCAAAUGGGUCUUGCUGAAAAUCAGCUAUGUUUUGAUCUCAUAGAGACAUGGUUAGCUAAGAAUCCAGACGCAGCCGGACUCAAGAAGGACGGCCAAUCUAUUUUCAAAGAGCUUGCUCUCUUCCAAGAUUAUCAUGGCCUACCAGAAUUCAAGAAAGCUUUGGCAGAGUUUAUGGAGGAAAUAAGAGGGAAUAGAGUAACAUUUGACCCACGAAAGAUUGUUCUAGCUGCUGGUUCAACAUCUGCCAACGAAACUCUCAUGUUUUGUCUAGCAGAACCUGGAGAUGCUUUCCUUUUACCCACUCCUUACUAUCCAGGAUUCGACAGAGAUUUGAAAUGGAGAACCGGUGCAGAGAUUGUACCGAUUCACUGCUCCAGCUCUAAUGGAUUCCAAAUAACAGAGUCAGCUCUUCAACAAGCUUAUCAACAAGCUCAAAAGCUUGAUCUUAACGUCAAAGGGAUUCUUGUUACCAACCCAUCUAACCCACUUGGCACAAUGUUGACCAGAAGAGAACUUAACCUUCUCGUUGACUUCAUCACCUCCAAAAACAUUCAUCUCAUAAGCGACGAGAUCUAUUCAGGUACCGUGUUUGGGUUUGAACAAUUCGUUAGCGUCAUGGAUGUCUUAAAAGACAAGAAACUCGAGGACAGCGAAGUCUCCAAAAGAGUUCAUGUCGUUUACAGUCUUUCCAAAGAUCUCGGUUUACCCGGUUUUCGCGUUGGAGCAAUAUACUCCAACGACGAAAUGGUUGUUUCGGCUGCGACGAAAAUGUCGAGUUUCGGCCUCGUUUCUUCCCAAACACAAUACCUUCUCUCUGCAUUGCUUUCAGACAAGAAGUUCACAGGUACAUACCUCAACGAAAACAAGAAAAGACUCAAGAUUCGUCAAAAGCAACUCGUGUCCGGUCUUGAAGCCGCAGGAGUUACUUGCCUUAAAAGCAACGCUGGUUUGUUUUGUUGGGUCGACAUGAGGCAUCUCUUGGACACAAACACUUUCGAAGCAGAGCUUGAGCUAUGGAAGAAGAUUGUGUACGAAGUGAAACUAAAUAUUUCACCCGGUUCAUCGUGCCAUUGUACUGAACCGGGUUGGUUUAGGGUUUGUUUCGCCAAUAUGAGUGAAGAGACACUCGAUUUGGCGAUGAAAAGGCUCAAAGAAUACGUAGAGUCAACAGAUAGUAACAGACUGAUUUCAAAAAGCAGUCAUGAAAGGAUCAAGCGUUUGAGGAAGAGGACUGUCUCUAACUGGGUUUUCCGGGUUUCAUGGACCGACCGUGUACCUGAUGAACGAUGAAAUUAAUUCUUCGUCCCAAGUUUUAGACACAACAAAUCUUCACAUUUAUAUAAAUAAUCCAUUUUUUUUUAAUAUUUUGGAAAACGUACCAACAUUUUCCAAAAUAUUUAUAUCACUAUAUUUGUGUUUUCAUAUAACUAUGUUUUAUUUAAUUAUUCAUAUUUGUAUUGUUGCAAUUUUUUUUGUUUGGGUAGAGUGUUACUAGUUAAGUGCACUCUGUCCAAAUUUUGAUUUGCAAUAGCUACUAUAUACAUAGAUAUAAAAAUAUAUCAUCAUGUAAUGUCAAUGAAAACUGCAUGUGUUCCAUACAAAUGUAAGAGUUAAUUUUAUCCGUAAAUCUGUACAUCUCAUAAAGUUUGACAAUUCUUUUGUAGUAUACAAAAAUAUUAACCAUGGAUACACACGCAGCUUUCACUGAAAGUUAAUGGAUGUUGAAAAUGUUUGAUGUUUACAGAUUUACGAAAAUAUUCAAAUUUGGAUUUGCAAUGAACAUACUAUCCAAAUAUCCAAAAAUAUUUGAGAGUUUUUGAAUGAACAAAAAAUCUGGUACAAAAGUUAUCUCUCUCCAAAAUAAUUUAUAUAUUUACAUUACUCCGAGCUAAGUAAAAGAUUGAUUUCAGUUGCAAUAUUCAGCACCGUAAUUUCUCAUCUCUUCAUCAAACAUGUGUUUCUUGUUAGAAGAAAAAAGAGAAAACAAAUGGGUUUUCAUCUGUUGAAAAUGUCGACAAAAAGAAAAUCGGAUUUCGUUCAGGUAGUGCUCAAUAUUCAAAACACAGUUCUUAGGCUUCAUUCGGAUAUUUCUCUAAUACAAUUCUUAUCAUAUUUUGGGUUUUGAGUCGAAUACGGAUUCAUAUUUCAGGUUCAAUUAUAAACGCACAUGCUUAUGCUAUAAUGUGGGCAAGAUUGUAGGUGUAUUACAUUAUGAGCCAUGUCAUAUGAUGCAACGAUUGUUAGAAAUCUGCAUACAUUAGUCAUUUUAUUUCUUUCGAUUGGAGAAAUCUAUAAUAGUCCAAUCAUUUUGAAAGAAUGUAUACUUUAGCAGUAGUAGUAUUUCGUUUUUGUCAACUUCUCAAUAGUAGCAAUUUAAAAUCCAAAAAAUGUCGUCAACUGAGAAACUAUCAAUUAUCAUUUUAUAAUUAUCAUAGACAUAUUCAAUCUAUUGUUACUGGUUUAUCAUAUACCGGUCGUAGAUUAUUAUCUUAAAUAGGUACACGUAGACAUAAUAUCUAUAACUAUAAAGUUGAAGUAUUUGUCUUUUUAGACUGUCCACGUCAUUCUGGAGAGUGGGGCUUUGUUGCCACGUGGCAGCUUCAAUUUUUUACCCUAUUCGAAAUAUAAUUGCUUAUGGAUCUGGGUUAUUAUACUUUUCUUGGCCCAAACCGAAUCUAAAUAUCUUUUCACCGUAUUGCUAAAAAAAAAGACCCUUUCACCUUCUUCUACUACCGUUCUCUUAAAAACCUUUUUUUUGUAACUCCUAAGAUCCAAAUUUAUGGUUUCGUUACUCUCAUCUCCACUUCAAUAUCAUUCUCAGUUUAAGUCUCUAUUCCAAUUCUCUUUUUGAAGGAGGUUCGUUUUCUCACCAAACUGAAGCUAACAAUAAUGGAGAUUUCCCAAUUGUACCUUUCCAACUUGGAGACCGGUCGUUUUAAGGACGUGGUGGUGACACGUCUUCUUCGAUUCUGGGGAGUCGGUACUUUGAAGAAAGGAGGCGAGCUUAUGGGGGAGGGUGGACAUGUCGACGCUAAUACAAAGUACUAUCACCGCACCUCGGCUCUACACUUUUAAAAAUCUACUCAGUGAAGGCGCUGUCUACGAGCUUAGUAUUUUCUAUAUUGCUAGAAGCAAUAACCACUUCAAACUGUGCGCCUCUCCUGUCUCUAUUCGAUUUACCGAGCAUUCCAGCUUUGUCGAGGUUGUCGACCCUGCGGAAAUAAUCAGGUUUUGCAAUUAUGAGCAGCUAAGGGCUCUCACUGACACCAACAUAGAUUUGUCCGAUAUUAUGGUCAGGAUAGGAGUAUAAACACCAUCUACAAUGACGAAAACGAGUCGAUACAGCGUGUUAUGAUCACUAUCCAGCUGGACAGUUUCGUAGCCGUCCCCUACACAAGCACCAUUAAGUUUUAAGUUUUUAAAGUUUUAUUUAACUUGAUAGAUGUUUCUUACUGAUAAACCUCAUCAACCUCUGCAGGUCAACCACUGUGUGUCAAUGUGUUUGAUAAGGUUGCAUGACAAGUUAGUCCUCUUGGAUGUGGAGACAAAGGUCAUGACUGCAACCAACAUAAAUUCCAAAUUAUUGUGCAGAUCAUUUAUUCCUCAAAACCACAUUAAGGACACACUUCUACUUUUAUCAUGGAAGCCAAACCACUCAGUGUUUCUUAAAAAAGCUCUAUAGAGUAGAGAGUGAUUCCUCUGGUAUAUCUUCCAAAUAUGGUGGAGUUUCUUAUAUAGCACCACCCAAGUGAUGAUAUGGCUGUAGCUGUUAAACUUUCUAUGGUCCCAAAUCCAGUGGUGAAAAGCAUUUGUUCGGAUCACACAAACGGGCCAGAUGAUGUUCCAAUUAUUGAAGGAUGUCCAGCCAGCACCGACCCAGAGCCUGCACAUACUGAUUCAGUCAUGACCUCCACCGAGACUCCAGUUAAUGAUGAAAAGGCCCCCAGUUCAAUGUAAGCUCGCAAAUACUGAUCACUCCAACUAUGGAGACUUGGAAUUUGCAAAGUUCAGUCCCAUUGUUUGUUUCAAAGUUUUAUGUUUUCCUUCAAUAAUGCUGUAAUCCACAUACUUUUACUUGGCACCAAAAUGUUUUUAUGUACUUUAUCUUUUAUUUGGUACAAUGCCAUUUAAAUAGUUGAGUUUGUUAUGAGCAUUAUUUAAUUUAAAUUAUUUUUAAAUUA